AUGGCGGCCUCGCGGUUCAAAUCAGAGCAAUACUAUUCAGAGUCCUUCGUCGAGAGUGCUGGUGCCAUCCUCUUCCGCCUAUCAACUCGCGAAAUAUGCGUCAUCCAUCUUCCCUCGCAAAAUGAGUACGUUCUAGCCAAGGGACGCCGUAACCUGGGAGAAACACGACAGUCUGCUGCGGUUCGCGAAGUCAAAGAGGAGACAGGGUACGCAUGCCGUCUUCUUCCGUUGACGAUGUCGACGCGAAACCCUCCUGCUAUAGAGAAAGAGCCUGCUCUCGACGAACCGCGCAUACAUACUAGCGCUCAGGAGCCGUUUGGGUUACAGAUCCGCCACCUUUCAAGAGGCGAUGUUAAAGUUAUAUGGUGGUAUAUAGCUGCCGUGAAUGAACAAGAGAAGUCUGAUUCGUACACUCACGGGCAAGGUGAAUUCAGUGUGGAGUUUUAUAGUUAUACCGAUGUUCUCAAGAAGUUGACAUUCCAAACGGAUAGAGAUUUGGUUGAGAAGGCCAUCCAUGUCAUGCAAGGCACUUAUGAUUAG